AUGCGUAAAAGGUCGCCGCAACUCCUCAGCCUGCAUGCUCUGAAGGACCCGUGCAGCGAAGUGAGCUGCAGCUACGGCAGCACCUGCGUCCAGUCAUCCGACGGCCUGUCGGCCAAGUGCAUGUGCCCCCUGAGCUGCGAGGGCGUGGCCCGGGAGGGGGUGUGCGGCAGCGACGGCAAAGACUACCGCAACCAGUGUGAGCUCCACAAGCACGCCUGCGACGCCCAGCAGAACGUCCAGCUGCAGCACCAGGGGCCCUGCGACCCCUGUAAGGACAGUGAGAACAGCCUGAACGUGGCGUGCAGGGUGGAGCUUCGUACCCGUCGCCCGCUGGUGUUCGCCCCGCCCGAGUCCUGCCCGCCUGGUGGUGACGCGCUGUGUGCCAGUGACGGCCAGACCUACAACAGCGAGUGUCACAUGACGCGGGUGGGCAUGCUGCAGAACCUCGACAUCAAGAAGGUCCACGCCGGGCGCUGCAGGACGCAAGAGGACUGCCAGGAGGAGUGCCAGUUCAACUCUGUGUGUCUGGUGGAGCGCCUGGGGGCCCGCUGCUCCUGCGAGCCGCUCCUGUGCGACGGCAGCUACAAGCCGCUGUGCGGCAGGGACGGACACACAUACAGCAACGACUGCGAGCGGCGCAGGGCGGAGUGCCAGUCCAAGAGCCACAUCCCCGUCAAGCAGCUGGGCCCGUGUGAUCUGCACGCGCCCAGCCCGUGCCAGCAGAAGGCGUGUGAGUUUGGGGCGGUGUGCGUGGUGAAGAACGACGAGCCGGUGUGCGAGUGUCCCGAGGCGUGCUCCCAGCUGCACGACCCGGUCUGCGGCAGCGACGGCCACACCUACCGCAGCUCCUGCGCCAUGAGGGCCGUGGGCUGCGUGCUGCAGAGGAGGAUCAACAUCCAGCACAAAGGACCCUGCGACAAGGCCUGUGCCAACUGCUCCUUCGGGGCGAUCUGUGACUCUCAGACGGGGGGGUGCGUGUGUCCGUCGGAGUGUGUGGAGACCCACCAGCCCGUGUGUGGCAGCGACGGCUCCACCUACGACAGCGAGUGUGAGCUCCAUGUGCGUGCCUGCACCAAGCAGCUGGACCUCAGCGUGGUCGCACAGGGAGAAUGCAAGACAUGUGGCAGCACUGUGUGCGGGUGGGGCGCACGCUGCGUCCAGAACAAGUGUGAGUGCCCGCAGUGCCCCGUCCAGGCCAACUCACCCGUGUGCGGCACAGACGGCAUCAGCUACGACAACGCCUGCGAGCUGCAAGUGGCAUCUUGUAUUCUGAAGAAGAGGAUCGAGACGGCCAAGCCAGGCAGCUGCGACGAAGACUGCGGCUCUGGAGGCUCGGGCUCGGGGGUUGAGAGCUGUGAACAGGACCGCUGUCGUACCUUCGGAGGCUGGUGGGACGAGGACGCAGAAGACGACCGCUGUGUGUGUGACUUCACCUGCCAGAGCGUUCCUCGCAACCCGGUCUGCGGCUCGGAUGGAAACACGUACAGCAGCGAGUGCGAGCUGAAGAAGGCCAGGUGUGAGAGAGAGGAGCACCUGCUGAUCCAGAACCAGGGACCCUGUACAGCCCUGCCCGGCACACCGCCCCCAGCGCUGGAGCUGCAGCACUGCAGUGAGACGGUGUACGGCUGCUGCAACGACAACCAGACUACCGCUCUCGGCGUGGGCCUGGCCGGCUGUCCCAGCACGUGUCAGUGCAACACCCACGGUUCCUACAAGGGGACGUGUGACGCGGCCAGCGGCCAGUGCUCCUGCAAGCCCGGGGUCGGGGGGCACAAGUGCGACCGCUGCGAGCCCGGCUUCUGGAACUUCCGGGGCAUCGUCACGGAGAACAUGAGCGGCUGCACGCCAUGUAACUGUGACUCGGUGGGCUCGGUGAGAGAUGACUGUGAGCAGAUGUCUGGCCUGUGCUCCUGCAAGGUGGGAGUGAAGGGGAUGAAGUGUAACGUGUGCCCUGACGGCAGCAAGAUGGGCAUGAGCGGCUGUGACAAAGGCUCUCACGUCCCAACCUCCUGUAAAGAGCUGGACUGCAAGUUCGGUGCCUCUUGUGUGGAGGUCAACAACCAGGCCCACUGUGAAUGUCCUUCCCCUGACUGUGACGAGAAGAACAAGACCAAGGUGUGUGGGUCUGAUGGAGUGACCUAUGCGGACCACUGCCAGCUGAGGACCAUUGCCUGUAGGCAGGACAAGCACAUCAGUGUGGACUACCAUGGCCAGUGCACAGAAACCAUCUCCGAGCUGGGAAGGCCCAACCCCCUCCCCCCCGCCACCCCACCCCGCAAAGCCGUCACCACCCCCUCCACCCCCAAAGUCAAGCACCCCCUGGUGAAGUCCCCCCCGGCCCCCUACGUGGAGGCCCUGCCGCCCACCAGAGCCCCAGAGAGCACCCCCACCAACCGCCCCGCCACCACCACCACCUACCACCACCACCAGCCACCCCACGCCACCCCGCCCCGCCUGCCCAGCCACACCAGCACCAGCUCCUCCAUCGCCUUCGAGGACUCUGGGAGCGGGGAGCCCAGCGGAGACGACCAGACGGAGGAGGAGGAGGAGGAGGAGGAGGGUAGCACCGCGGCCGAGGCCAGCGGAGAGGAGCCAGUUGAUCCCAUUGCUGCCGCCACCACCAUCCCUACAGCGGAGGACCGCUCGUCGUGUGACAACACCCCCUUCGGUUGCUGCCCCGACGGCAAGACUGCCUCCAGCACCCCCGAGGGUGCCAACUGCCCCUCCACCAUGAGGUUCAGCGGGUUCCUGCACCUGGACCAGGUGGAAGGUCAAGAGGUCUUCUACACACCUGAGAUGGACGACCCCAAGUCGGAGCUGUUUGGAGAGACAGCCAGGAGCAUCGAGAGCGCUCUUAAUGAGUUGUUCAGGAAGUCGGAUGUCCAGAAGGUCAUGAUUGUUCGCGUGCACAGCCUGGCCCCCAGCAACUCCAUCCUGGCGUUUGUGGAGGCCCACUUCAACCCAGACACCAGGUUCUCUGUGGAAGACACCGAGCGUGCUCUGCUCAAGCAGCUGAAGAUCGUCAAGGAGACGUCCAUCGUGGUGAAGAAGCCUGAGGAGGAGAACAUUCGCUUCAACCACCCAGGCCUCUCCUCCCUCCCCUACUUCACCACCACCACCACCACCACAGCAACCAUGACCACGCCCACCCCCACCCCCUCCACCAUGACCACGCCACCACCUCAUUCAGCACCACACACCACAGUCCGUCCUCCCUUCACCUACCGGCCCCCCUACGUCACCCGCCGGCCCCCGACCACCCGGCGUACCACCACCACCCCCCGCCCCCACCGCCCACCACCGCCCAUGCCCACCACCAGCCCCCAGCUCCGGACCCGGCCCGAGCCCCACCACACCAAGCCCUGCCACUCCCACCCCUGCCUCCACGGGGGCACCUGUGAGGACGACGGAGACGACUUCACCUGCAUCUGCCCCGGCAGAGGGGGCGCCGUCUGCGAGAAAGUGUUUAACUACUUCACCCCGUCCUUCGGGGGGAAGUCCUACCUAGCCUUCCCCACCAUGAGAGCGUAUCACACGGUCCGCAUCGCCAUGGAGUUCCGGAGCUCGGAGCCGUCAGGCAUCCUGCUGUACAACGGCCAGCAGGGCAAGAAGGACUUCCUGUGCCUGUCCCUGGUGGGCGGCAAGGUGGAGCUGAGGUACAACACGGGCUCGGGCACGGCCAAGGUGACCAGCACGGUCCCUGUGUCGCAGGGCGGCUGGCACCAGCUGGUGGUGACCCGCAACCGGCGCAACGCCAUGCUGAGCGUGGACAACGAGCCUCACGUGGAGGGCCAGAGCCCCCGCGGCACUGACGGCCUCAACCUGGACACCGACCUCUACAUCGGGGGCUUCCCCGAGGACACCCUGGACGAGGUGAAGGAGAAGACCUCCAUGACCACGGGUCUGGUGGGCUGUGUGCGCAUGCUGGACGUCAACAACCGCCUGUACAACCUGCAGGAGAACGGGGGUGACGUCAUGUACGGCACCGCCGUGGGCGAGUGCGGCAACAACCCGUGUCUGCCCAACCCCUGCCGCAACGCCGGGUCCUGCCAGGUCCGCGAGGCCGAGAUGUUCCACUGCAAGUGCAUCAACAGCUACUGGGGUCCAACCUGCGCCGACCUCCACGACCCCUGCGAGCCCAACAAGUGCCACCCAUCGUCCAAGUGCCAGGUGCAGCCGGAGGGCGGGUACAAGUGCGACUGUCCAAUGGGCCGCGAGGGAACGCACUGCGAGAAAGUGUCUGAUAAGAAGGGUGCCUACCUGCCUCUCUUCAGUGGAGACUCCUACUUAGAGCUGAAGGGCCUGCAUCUCUACGGACACGACCUCCAGCAAAAGGUCAGCAUGACAGUCGUCCUCAUGGCCAACAGCUCCAACGGCAUGAUCUUCUACAACGGCCAGAAGACCGACGGCAAAGGAGACUUCAUCUCCCUUUCCCUCAACGACGGCAUCCUGGAGUUCCGUUAUGACCUGGGGAAGGGUCCCGCCGUCCUCAGGAGCAAGGAGAAGCUCAAGAUGAACGUGUGGAACACCGUGAACCUGGAGAGAGCCAAUCGCAAAGGACAGAUCACCGUCAACGGGAAGGACGCUGUCCUAGGAGAGUCUCCGAACCAGCACACCGCCCUCAACCUGAAGGAGUCUCUCUUCGUGGGAGGUGCUCCUGACUUGAGCCGGUUGGCCAGAGCCGCCUCCAUCAAGGACGGCUUCAAGGGAUCCAUCCAGAAGAUCACCCUGAUGGGAACCUCCAUCCUGAAGCAGGAGCACGCGCUGCACUCCAGCGGUGUGUCCAUGUUCGAGGACCACCCCUGCUCCCAGGAGCCCUGCCACAACGGGGGGCGCUGCAACCCUCUGCUGGAGGCCUACGAGUGCGUGUGUCUCCAUGGAUACACGGGGACACACUGUCAAAACACCAUCUACGAGAAGUCCGCAGGUGAAACGGAGGCCAUCGCAUUCGACGGCCGGACCUUCAUCGAGUACCACAACGCAGUCACCAAGAGUGAGAAGGCUCUGCUGGUGAACAAGUUUGAGCUGAGCAUCAGGACGGAGGCAACACAGGGCCUGGUGAUGUGGAGUGGGAAGGGCGUGGAGGGCUCCGACUACAUCGCCCUGGCCGUGGUGGACGGCCGCGUCCAGAUGACCUACGACCUGGGCUCCAAGCCCGUGGUGCUGCGCUCCUCUGUGCGCGUCAACACCAACCGCUGGAUACGCAUCAAGGCCAGCAGAGCCCUCAGGGAUGGUUCUCUCCAGGUGGGUAACGAGGCGGCAGUGACGGGGUCGUCUCCCCUGAUGGCCACUCAGCUGGACACAGACGGAGCCCUCUGGUUGGGCGGUCUGGAGGAGCUGGCGGUGGCCCGUCGCCUGCCCAAGGCCUACAGCACAGGCUUCGUGGGCUGUGUGAAGGACGUGUUAGUGGACGGUCUGGAGCUCCACCUGGUGGAGGAUGCCCUGAACAGCCCCAAAAUAUUACACUGUUCCUCCGCCAAAUAACCUGGCACCCCCUUCCUCCAUACCACCAUGUCUACUGCUGUAAUUAUUUUCUAUUUUUGUAUACUUUACAUUGCUUUUUAUAUUUGGGGAGAGAAAAAAAUGAAUACAUUGUGGAUUUUUUUUUUUUUUCACGUGUGUUUUUUGUUUUGUUUCGUUUUCUGCGCCUCUGUUCAUGAACCCCCAAACCCCCCCCCCACAGCAGACACCUCAUCAGAUCACACAGGUGUACGUCCAUAUGUUUGUGGUGUCGCAGGACAAGUGAAUAACACGUAUUACUGUGUACCUUUUGUUGUUUUAAAAACAAACGCGAACCAACCACCCUCGUUGCUCAUGACUUGAACAGUGACCACACUGGGGCUCCCCUAGUCCAGGUGCCAUAUCCACCCAUCAAUACACACAUUCCUGCAUCCUCACAUACCUACACAACAUAUUGAGUGUAUAUUCUAUACAUCAUCCACACAAACAUAAAGGAUUUAAUACAUUCAUCCUCCACACAGACAGACAGGAGUUAAUACAUACAUUCCCUUGUGCUGUGAGAGUCCUAAGCAGAGAUGCUGGGGUCCUCUGGCCCCGGAGCAGAGAGGCGAGGUCACUCUUCUGGCCUCUGAAUGUUCACGACAGGCCUGUUAGUGGAGCUGCUAAGAAUAUCCGAACCUCUGUAGCCCCGCCCCCUUACGCAGCGCUGCAC